AUGUCCUCCCCCGAAAUCCCCACGCUCUUCACACACAUUCAAGUGGGAAACAUGCCACUGCAGCACAGGAUUGUGCUCGCACCCUUAACGCGCUUCCGUGCCGACGACGACUAUGUACCCUCCGAGUUUGCUGCUGAAUACUAUGCUCAACGCGCCAGCACUCCCGGUACCCUCCUCAUCUCCGAAGCCACUAUCAUCGCGCCGGAGGCCGGCGGAGCUUAUACCAACGCACCGGGGAUCUGGGACGAGAAACACAUUGAGGCAUGGAGGAAGAUCGCAGACGCAGUGCAUGCGAAGGGCAGUUUCCUGUUCAUGCAACUGUGGGCUCACGGCCGUACGGCUCACCCGGAACUCCUGAAGAAGAUUGGCCCGUACGACGUGACCGCGCCGAGCGCCAUCCCUCUCGACGAGAAGUAUGCGACCCCAGGACCGCUCACUGUCAAGGAGAUCAAGGAGUUUGUGCAGUUGUAUGCUCAGGCGGCGAAGAACGCUGUCCGAGCAGGUUUGGACGGCAUCGAGAUCCAUGGCGCGAAUGGAUACCUUCCCGAUCAGUUCUUGCAGACCAACACCAAUCAGCGUACGGACGAAUACGGAGGGAGCAUCGAGAACCGCAUCCGCUUCACCUGCGAAGUUGUCGACGCCAUUGCAGCAGCCAUAGGUCCCGAGCGCACAGCACUCCGAUUCAGUCCUUGGUCGCCCUUCAACGCAAUGCGCAUGCCAGACCCAGUCCCAACGUUCAGUGCUCUUGUCAAUCAUCUUGCCAAGCACCAGCCGCGUCUCGCAUUCUUACACGUCGUCGAACCACGUAUUGGCGCCGGAGAUGACGUCAAAGCGAUCAGCGAGAACGAGAGCAACGGGUUCGUUCGCGAUCUAUGGAGUCCGAGGCCGCUUGUGCUUGCAGGAGGGUUCACUCGCGAGACAGCGCUAAGAGAGGCGGAGCGCGGUGAGAACGUGCUCAUCGCUAUGGGACGGUACUUCACGUCGAACCCGGACCUUCCAAGGAGGUGGGUGCAAGAGGCGAAGCUCACACCGUAUGACCGGAGCACGUUCUAUACAAAGGGCGCGAAGGGGUAUACCGACUGGCCGUGCUCUCAAGAGUCCAAGUUGUAG